AUGAUGGAGGAUCCGUUCGUCUCGACCUCGGGCCAACCCGCCGUCCCACGUGAAUCCCACCGAUACUCGUCGUUCGACACGCAACUCUUCAGUCUCAAUGCGUCUUCGCCUGCACAAGCCAAGCGGGCCCUCGAGGCCCAUCUGGCGGAGACCGAGCGUCGAUUGGAGGAAGCGUCCAAAUUGGGAACGGCGCUUAUCGAGCAGCAGCGGGAACUGACGGAGCAGCUGAAGGAAGUAGAGCAGCAGCAAGAUGAGGGUGAGAUGGGACCGGAGCUGCGACAGCGACUUGCCGACCUGGAACAGGAGUAUAAUGAAAUUGGUCGCGAGACUGCUCGUGCCUUUUUGGCUCCGAAGCGACAGGCAGGUGGUUUAGAGGACCCCCAGCCGGGCACUCCAGGGUUCGAUCAAAAGUCUCCCCUCAGUUCCGCUCUUUUUGCAAGCCAAGCCACCAAUUCUCCCAGCAAAGUCAGCGUCCCCUCUCGCAAGCAGCGUAACCAACCCUCCAGCCGUGUCCACGAUAUCGAGUUCGCGACUGAGAUUUCGACCUCACUACUUGCCCAAGUCCGUCAACUACAGGCGCUUCUGGCCGAACGAGAGGAAACCCUUAAGUCUGUCAACCUAGAAAAGUCGCGGUUAGAGAUCGAAGCGGAAGGCUACUCCCAGCGUAUCCGUGUACUCGAUGACAGCGAGCAACGCUACAAGGAUGAGAACUGGGCUCUCGAGACGCAGACCCACGAGCUCAUGUCAGCUGUCAGAGACGCGGUGGAGCGUGAGAAGAGACUCAACAGUAGCCUGAGCACGGCGAACUCAGAGAAGAACGCUAUUGAGAGGGAAUUGGAGGAGCUGAGGCAAGCUAAUGCGAAGAUACUGGAGGACCAAGCAAUCGCACAGAAGGCGAAUGACUCUGAAAUUCAUCUGCUACGUCGGAACUUGACUGCCGGUGAUGCAGAGAAAAUGGCGCUUCACAAAAAGCUUGAAGAACUGACGGGCCAGAACCAAGAGUUGGCGAAGGCGGUUGCCAUGCGAAUCCGACAAUAUGAAUCGCAAGGUUCUCGAGAUCUGCCCGACGAUAAUGACGACGAGGAGGCAGAGCAAAUUACGCCCGAAAGCUCUCCUCCUCCGUCUCCCAACAAGUUCACCCCUCGGCACAACCAUUUGGAGUCGGAGACUCUCAAGAGCUCACUCGGCCAUGCGCACCGUAUGAUCCAGAAUCUCAAGAGCACCAUCCAUCGCGAGAAGACGGAGAAGAUUGAGCUCAAGCGCAUGCUGCAAGAAGCCCGAGAUGAGGUUGAGCAGCGCCGCCGUGAGAACAAUGCUCCCAAAGAGUCCACCAAGCGCUUGAAGACCAAGGACAACUCUUUCCGUAAGCCUGCUCGCCCAGAUCUUCUGGGUGCUGGCCGUAAGGAGAAGUCUUCGGUUGAGAUGGAGAUUCACGACACUGAUUGGGAAGACAAUGCUGGCCAAGGCAGUCCCACUCGCUCCAUCAUGGCUGCUCCAGCUACUAGAAGCCGUUCUGGUGCCGUUUCGCCUCCCGAUGAGCCCAGUGAUGUCUAUCAGACUGCCACUGAAGCCGAAGAUGGAUUUGAGACAGCAAACGAGCGCGCAACGGCAACCGAGAGCGAGGCCUUCCAGACCGGUGUUGAAAGCAUGGCCGAUGACAGCAGUGACGACUCUGCUGAUCUGACCGAGACCGAGAACAAUGUCCAGACAACCCCCCCACUCGCCGUCACGGCGUCUGCCACAUCUGACGAGGAUGAGACAGACGGAGGCUUCCCAUCGCCCAGCCAGUCCCAUAUCUCUGGCCGUCGGGUGAGGUCGAAGCGAAGCGUUCUCCGCCGGAUUCGCCCAUCUGGUGAGGCCCCAAUGGCGUCUAGCAGUCGUCCUUCUAGUGCUCGCAAUUCCCCCGCGCCAAGCUUCGAAGAGCAGCCUGUGGCCCGGGAGGGCCAGAGCCUCUUUGCGGAACUUGCUGAGCUGGACGGUGGCGAUGAAGAGGAAGAUGGUGGAGUUGUUACUUCCCAGGCUUCGACGCCGCGCAUGGGCCCUUCAUCGGACUCUCGCAGGCCCUCCGAGAUCACGCUUGACUCAUUGCCCAGGCCUGUCAUGGUCGAUUCUGGUAUGAUGACUGAGCCUUGGGAGCCCAGCACUCCGGUUGCUGCCAUUGCAGGAGCUGCUGUUGCGGGAGCGGCCGUUGCUGGUGCCGCGGGUGCUGCAGUCUCUGCCUUGUCCGAUGGCCCAACUACGCCGAAGAGAAGUGUAGACCGUGAAAUCGCUGCGGAAGCCGAAGAGACUCCCAAGCAGGUUAGCUCAGGUACCCAGUGGACACCACUCAAGCCCGGGAUGGGAGAUAAUGAUCACCUGGCCAAUGUUCCCACGCCACCAAAGAUGGCAUGGGACGAGCGUGCGGUGGAGUCUCAACUGGUUGAGGCUAGUACGCAGGCCGAGCCAGCAGAGAUGGGAAUUGCCGCUAUCUCUUCUCAAGAAACUCGCCCCACCGCGCCUAUCUGGCCAGCGCUGGCCAUCUCAUACCUCCCUGGCAGUUUCACUGAACCUGUGAAACACGAGCUUCCUACUCCAGAGAUCCCAGAAAUGAGCUUCUCCUCGAUUGCCUCGCAGAAAACUGAGCCUGUGGUUCAUAUCGAGCCUGUCCGGGAGCUGCCCAAGCUGUCCUUGUCUUCCCAUUUCAUUCAUCACACCGAGCCUGUCCUGGCCCAACUUCCUGAGCCUGUUGUUGAAGAGGUCUAUAUGCCCGAACUGGCGGUGUCGACUAUUUCCUCGCAGCUUACAGAGCCAGUGAAGGCUAAGCCUGCUCCCGCACCAGAACCUAUCAUGAUUCCUGCGCCUAUCCCGGAGCCAGUCAUCCCCGACCUUUCUGUCGCCUUGCUGGAUCCAGCAUUUACAGUACCUGUGAAGGCGGUGCCUGCCCCAGCACCGGAACCCAUCGUGAUCACUGCGCCUGCACCAGAGCCAAUUGUUCCAGAGCUGUCGAUUUCUCUGCUUGAACCAGCUAUUACGGAGCCGGUCAAGGCUGAGCCAGCUCCCGCACCGGAGCCGAUUAUCAUUCCUGCACCUGUGCCGGAGCCUGUCCUCCCUGAUCUUUCGAUCUCUCUGCUAGAUCCAGCAUUCACAGUGCCAGUAAAGGCGCUGCCUGCUCCUGCACCAGAGCCAAUUGUGAUUCCCGCGCCUGUACCAGAGCCGGUCAUCCCCGAUCUGUCAAUCUCUCUGCUGGAUCCAGCGUUCACUGAGCCCGUCACGCCUAAAGUGGCUGUGCUCCCUCCCCGGCCAGUACCCUCCAUUUCCACCCUGCGUUUCGUCGAAACACAGCCAGUGCGAUCUGUGGUACGCGCUAUUCCUUCUAUGAGUGACUUUGCAAUCCAAACAGAUCCCAUUGAGGAGCCGAAGGCUGCUGCCGCUGCAGUGGUCAUCCACGAAGAUGAGCAAGAUGAACCUAAUGAAUCAGCUCGUGAGCUUUCUGGCACCAGCAUUAGCGAGCGGCGAACAAGCACUGGCCUGGCCUUGAAUGACAUUUCCGGCAACGCGUUGCUGCCUCAGUCCGACAGACAGCUUCCCAGCUUCGUCAGCUCGGACCAGGGAUCUCAGACAAUUCUCUCUUCGAAACAAAUCGACCAGAUUCUCAUGGACCGGGACUCUGUUCGGCCUGUCUCUUCUGCCGACGGCAGGCACACAAUGGAGAUGGCUGCACUUGGGGCCGUUGGAGCCGUUGGAGCCGUUGGAGCCGUUGGAGCCGCUGCUGCCGUAUCUCCCUUCGCCACUCCUAAGCUUAGACCUCGCCUCCAACCUCAACAAUCAGCCAGAUCUGGAGCAUCAAGCCAAAUGCGUCCUGACACUGCUACUAGCCAAAACUCUUCAUUCAGUGUCCAUCCUCCCUUGCCAGCUGACCACCGCGAAGCCAUUGCGGCCGCCGAGAAGAGGUCAAUUGACAUCCCUCCCCCUACUCCCUCGCCCGGCACAAUGGGACCACCUCUGGCACCAGCCUCGGCCUAUCGCGUGAACGUACAUGCUGCCCCGCGCACGCCCAACGACCAAAGCACAGGGCCUGGAUCCGCACGAACUGUUUCUACACAGGCUCGCAUGAGACGGGAAAGCCAGAGCCAAAUGUCAAGGCGGUCAUCGGUGUCCUCGUUCGCCUCUGAACUCGAGGAGCGUUUCAACAUGAACCCCUACGCUGGACCCAUGCCUCACGGCUAUGGUGCUAAUACCGACCCCCGCAUGAUUCAAGCCAUCACCCAGACCAUGAUUGGUGAGUUCUUGUGGAAGUAUACUCGCAAGACUGGUUCUUCCGAUAUGUCGUCUACACGUCACCGACGCUACUUCUGGGUUCAUCCGUAUACACGCACGCUAUACUGGAGUGAACAUGACCCCCAGACUGCAGGCAAGUCUCAGCUCCGCACUAAGAGUGUGCCAAUCGAGGCUGUGCGAGUAAUUCCAGACGAUAACCCUUAUCCCCCGGGUCUUCACUGCCGAAGCCUGGAGGUCGUAAGCCCUGGUCGCAAGGUCCGCUUCACUGCCACGACAAGUCAACGUCACGAGACCUGGUUCAAUGCAUUGUCGUAUCUACUCCUCCGAGAGAGCAAUGAAGCCUGUGACGAUGCUGAUGCCGUGACUCUGGAUGACAUUGAUGAGUUCAACCCUGGCUUCCGGUCUUCCUCGCGCCAGACUGCCCGUAUGUCGUUGUCCUCAUACAACAGCCGCACCGUUCGCCAAGCACCCAAGGCACAGCGUGCGGCCUCGGCCAUGUCUAUGCGCUCGACUGGCGGCACGCCCGGACGUGCAUCCCCUGCCUUGAGCAACUCGGGGCAGAACUCCUCGUUACAAGUCCCCGAGGACCCUCCGCAGCGCUCCUCGUCCCGUCUCAGCACAAUCCUAAAUAGCUCGAUCCGCGGAUCGAUCGCCAGUCUGAAGGGACGCCAUGGCCAAGCAGCUAGCCUUCAUGACGAGAGUAUCCGCGACCAGCCUAGCAUGGAGAACCUCUCGCAUCACCAUCACGAUGACGAAGAUCGGCUCGAGAAUGUUCGCGCCUGCUGCGACGGCAAGCACGACGUGGGUUCGCUCUCGCGCAACAGUCGGUAUAGCCCGAGAGUCGACCGCAUCCACUCCCACCAUUAA